CCAGCUCACUCGCAACUAGCGGCUGCCUAACCUCUGCGAGGGCACCUCCAGUGUUGGAGCAGCCGCAGCCGCAGCCGCAGCCUCCCUGGGUGCCUGUUCCCCUGCUCUGCCUGGGAAGAAGUUUUACCUGAGAUCCAGUCUAAAUUUACUUUGCUGUGAUUUCAAGCCAAGAGAAAAGCUGCUUCCCCUGUCCUGCGAGGCAGCUCUUCAGGUGUUUGCAGGCUGCUUUCAUGUCCCCUCUGAAGCAGCUUUUAUGCAAGCUGAACAUGCCCAGCUCCUUCAGCCUUUCCUAGGACUUGCCUUCCAAGCCCUUGAGCAUUGUCUCUGCCUCUGGCCCUUUUCUCGCUGCUCCACUUCCCUCUUAACACAUGGAGCCCAGCACUGCAGCCGUUGUCCAGAGGAGGCCCAAGCAGAGAAGCACCAUCACCUCUUGUGUCUUGCAUCUAAUGCUUCUCCUGACACAGCCCGAACCGCAUUGCUGUUUUGUGCAGCUGCAUCAUGCUGCAGGCUCAUAUCGAGUCUGAUCUACCAAGACCCCCCCCCAUCCUUCUCCUUGGCACUGCCGUCCAGCCAGGAGUCGCCCGGUUUGUCAUUGUGCUUGUGAUGAUUCCUCCCGAGGGGCAGCCCCUUGCACGGGGUUCGUGCCGCUUCGCAGCGAGACAGGCGAGAACUGGGAACCUGCUGAUGUUGCUGCGGUGCCGCUUCUGCCUCCUAACGCUGGCUGCAGGGUGCCGGCUGUGACUCCCCACGACAUCUUCUACCCGGGGCAGGUUCGGAGGAAGCUCCAGGCAGGCAGGACUGAAGCCGCCCUUGACUUCACCAGGCAGCUGGCGCACUUCUUCCUGGACCACCCUGAGGACGCGUUCGGGGCCAUGGGCCAGCUACUGCAGGAGAACUUCCAUCUGGGGGAGGCACGGCUGCGGGGGAAGGCGCGCGAGAAUGUGGUCCCGCUGUCAGCUCUGCUGCGGAAGCUCGGCCACGCGGAUGCCAGGCGCGGGUGUCGCCAGCUGUGGGUCAGCUCCCGGCUGCGCGGCUUCUGCCGCCUGAGCCGGCCAUGGCUGUGGGAGCUGCCGCUAGGGAUGCUGGGUGAGUGGCUGCACGAGGAGCUGGUGCUACAGCGGGACCAGCUGCUCUUCGACGAUGCCCUGACUGGGGGUGCGCUGGCCUGGCUGCCCGCUGGGGGCAUAGGUGCAUCCCGUGGCUGCCUGCUGCACCCAGGCGGCCCCGCCAUGGAUCAGCUCUACUUCCAGGACAUGGUGCUGGUGCCGGGGGAGGAUGGUGGCCUGCGUCCCCGCGCCCGGGGCAGCCCUGCCCAGUUUAAGCUCAACGGCUGGGUGCGCCAGGUGUCUGCCACGCAGCUGGAUGGGGCAGCCUUUGUGGGCGUCCGCUCAGACUAUCACUGUGGGGCCUGGAGGCUGCAGCCGGGCGCUGUGCCCACUCCGCUGCAGGUCGUCCGCACCACCUCGCCAGCCUCCUGCCUCACUGUCAGCCCCCACCUGCCCGGGGAGCUGUCCCUGUGCACCCACAGCGGGGCUGUCUACCUGUGGAGCGUCGAGACCGGGCUGCAGCGCCUCUGCCAGGAGCCGGAGACUAUGUUCUUCCGUGACCCAUCGCCGUGGCGCUGGAGCGAGUUCACAGCCCACCCGCGGGUGCUGAGCUAUGCUGACCGCACUGGCGUGCAGUGCCUCGAUAUGCGGGCCCCCACUCACGCCCGGCGAGAUCUCUUCAAGGUGGGCGCAGAAGCCGGGUGUCAGCGUGGAGAGCGCGUAGUGCUGCCCCUGUACCUGGGUCAGGCCCACCCCGCUCAGCACCUCAUUGCCACACAGUUCUCGGUGUACGUGGUGGACGAGCGCUUCCCUCUGGUGCCGGCACUGCGCUGGGAGCACAUGAUGACGGUCCCCCCCAUCUUUGCACAUGUGAUGCCGGGCGGUGCCCCGGGUAGGAGCCACAAGGUGCUGCUGGGCGCCCACCGCACCCAGGAGCUGCUGCUGCUGCAGUGCACAGGUAGCAGCACAUCAGCCUGUCAGCUCGUGGGGGCCCCACGGAGGCUGCACACCAUUGCUGACGGCUUGCAGUACCUGCCCGCCACGACGCCCCACCAGCUGGACCGGCUGCACCAGAGGCUGGGUGUGCCUGCUGCAGGGGUGACCGCCGCCCUGGGGCGCUGGGGGCCGCUGGAGUCCAUGCUGGUUUUCCAGCUGUCCGAGGCCGGGGACCUCUUCCACCAGACGCUGCUGCACUCACAGCCAGCAGACAGCUCACUGGAGAGGGGCCAUGCAGAUGAGCCCUCCGCAUCCCCAUCCCUGCAGACUCCUGCCCAGGCAAAGCAACACGUGCCAGGACCAGGCACUUCCUGUGGUUUGGGCAGCGAGGGCAAGGAGGAGGAAAGGACGGAGACUUUCUACCUGUCUGGCUUGGAGGUGCUUGUGAACGAGGACUUGGAGGAUGAGGACAGUGGCAGGGCCAGGCAGCCCGCAGACCCCGGGGCCCAGCCCCAACCAGCCCCCUGCCCCCGAGGCAACCCCAACCAGCCCCCUGCCCCCAGCCCUGCCAUUGCUGCCCAGUACCGCCGCUGGCUGGCAACACUGUCCCAUGCCUGGAAGCAGCUGGCGGAACCGGCCAGGCCAUGGGUGCCCCUCACCCUGAGCCAGAGGCGGCUCUUCACCCACAGGGAGCUGGGCCAGCUGCCUGGGGAUGGGGUGCUGCACCAGCAGGCUCGCCGGCAGCUGGGCCGUGUCAUGCGGGAGCGUGGUCUGGUUGUGGGCUGUGCCCUGGGCCUGCAGCCCCCACCACCGCCUGCGCCCUGCCCUGUGGAGCCACAGGCCUGGCCCGACGACCUGAGCGAGCGGCUCACGGCCUCCUGGAUGGGGGACUGGGGCGGCUGGUGGGAGGAGCAGCAGGGCAGGAGCCAGGCGCGGCAGGCACGGGUGCGGGCACUGCGGGAGCAGAGACGGCGCCGGAAGCGAGCGCGGGGCCUCCGCAGCCUCUCGGGCAGUUUCAGCUCCUCCCUCACCUACCAGUCUGACCUGUCCGACUUCAGUGAUGUCUCAGCCUGGUCUGUGGGCAGCCGGGCCCCUACGCCUGCAGCCAGCCCCCAGCAUGGCCUCGCCCCCUCCCUGCCUGGGCAGCCAGGGGAGGAUGCUCCUGCAGAGCCCUGGCCAGGCUCCCCACUGGCCUGCAGCACCCAGCCCUCCCAGGAGCCGGGGGGCAGCCAGGACCCAGGGGCCCCCUCCCAGCUGCUGUCAUCCCAGGUGCUGCGCUUGCGCGGGGUCCCCAGGGAGCGUAGGAAGACCCUCCGUGACUUCCUUUCCAUCUUCACUGAGUCCCCCAUGGAGCCGCCACCUGCGGUGCCCAGCAGCCAGGCCUCCAGCCUGCGGGGGGAGCGGCACGUCCCCCUCUCCCAGAGCCAGGCCUCCAGCCUUGGGGUGGAGCGGCACGUCCCCCUCUCCCAGAGCCAGGCCUCCAGCCUGGGGGGGGAGCGGCAGGUCCCCCUCUCCCAGAGCCAGGCCUCCAGCCUGGGGGGGGAGCGGCACGUCCCCCUCUCCCAGAGCCAGGCCUCCAGCCUGGGGGGGGAGCGGCACGUCCCCCUCUCCCAGAGCCAGGCCUCCACGGGCUCCCAGGCCAGGCGCAAGCGUGCCCGCAUGGGCUUCUGAGCUUGCUGGGCCGGGCAAGGCAGGCGUGGCGGUUCCUGGGGUAGCUCCCGUGCUGCAGUCAAUAAACUGGGAGAAUUGGCUCCUGUGUGGUCUCUGUGGGGCAGGGGGCCUUUCCUUGCAACAUCCAGGUUCCAGCUAUUGGAUAUUGUCAUGCUCUAGUUAGCCAAAUGAGCAAUCCCCCUGCUACCUCCACCACACCUGCCCCAUUACAGGGCACGUCCAUGCCUACACAUGGAGGCCGCAUGCUCAG